AGUCGGAGAAAAAUGGCGACAUGGGGUGCAUUUUUUGGUACAAGGGUUAUGGAAAUAGUGAAGAAGCAUGAUUCCGGCGGCCUUGUUUGGAAGAGAAUUAAGCUCACAUCUACUCGCAAAGCUAAUGCCAAGAAACGUCUUCGCCGUGUUUGGCAGAAUGAAGCUGUCUUGAGGGCAUGUUCUGAAGCACCUCCAUCCGAAACUUCAGAGGUUGAUGCUGGACAAAUAAGUAAUGUGCAGUUAAAAACCAGUUAGAGUUAGUUCUGAAAAGGGUGACCGAGUAUGAAGAGGCAAAAUGAAGUAUGCGUGACAGCUGCUUGCAAGGUUAACGACAUUAAUGGACUGCCCCUGAAUUUUACUUUACCUGUUAGCGUUAUGUUAGUAUCUGGUGAAGUGAUUUGGAUGUCUCACUUUCACAUGGUUACUCUAGAUCAUGCAUGUUAUAGCUGAGACAACUAUCUCCUUCAUCUUUGGUGAUCCAA